GCUCAUUUCCUUCCUUCAAACACUCGACUCAGUUAAAGGAAAUCGCUCCUGUUUUCACAGACCGCUGGACCGCCUUUUUAAGAUGAUCGGUACAGUGCACACAUUAGGAGCUGUAUCCUCAACGGUUUAAAGAGGCAAUGAAGGACCUACUUGUACUGCUGCUUCUGCUGAGCGCCCAAACUACCAUGGUUUACUCUCAGCCCUAUCCACCAGACGAAGAAGGGAACUGUCGUGACCCAGACGGAGACUACGUGUCAGAUAAGUCUAACCUGUGCUGCAAGAGAUGCCCCCCUGGACAGAAGCUGAAACACGAAUGCUCUACAACUAACGACACAGUGUGUGAGCCAUGUCCAAAAGACCAGUACAUGGACGGUCAAAACUACUCUCCUAACUGCCGAAGCUGCACCAAAUGCAGAAAAGAAAAAGGUCUACAGUAUGCACAGACCUGCUCUGCAGUUGAAAAUGCCAAGUGUGAGUGCCAGCCUGGGAAGUACUGCAGCAUGGGAUAUGUUGAGUCCUUCUGUGAAGAAUGUAGACUCUACAGGGUAUGCAAGGCUGGCUCUGGAGUGUCUAAGCCAGGGACGGCUACCUCAAACGUGAGGUGUGAACCCUGCCCACGUGGGACAUUCUCUAAUACAGACUCCUACACAGACUCAUGUCAGCCUCAUACAAACUGUCAUGGGAGAGCUGUUAUUCUGAAAGGUAAUGCUACCGCAGACACUGUGUGUGCACCUGAGGCUCCUAUCUCCAGAGGGCCACACAUCUCGACAACAAAGACUCACACUAAAAUUGUGUUUACAACAACUGCAAGUACAACGAUGCACAUGACUGUUGCAACCACAGAUCUCAAGGCUCCACGUGGGAAGACAGACUCCACAACGUCUACAGCCCUGUCUGAUUCAAAAAAAGUGUUCAACCAGUCAACAAAAAGCCUGCCAAAAGCCCCUGACAGUACACUGGUUGCAGUCAUUGCCUCUGUCACUGGAUUUAUUCUGCUUUUCAUCACCAUAAUGCUGGUGUGCCUUUGCAGAGCAGUCAAAAAGAAAGGUGCCGAAAGUUUUUAUCCUAAAGUAGAUGCAAAUGGAAACUGUGAGGCUGUUGAUGAAAAUAAAGAAGGUUAUUUAGGGGAAACCCAGCUGACUUCAUUCACAGUGGUGUCACCAGAACAACAGUGUCUGCUGGAGAAAAGGGAAGACUGCAGUGACCAGAGUCAGAGCAGUAGCAACUCUGAAAGUUUGACCAGGACGGAUGGCUGCAGCAGUGAAGAGUCCAUCGGCCCUCCUCAGCCCACAGUAUGUCUCAACAGUCCACACUCAACCCUUUCCGAGCCCUUGCCUUUACUUUCAAACACAGAGCCGGACACAUCACAGAUCAGCAUCCCUUCUCAGGGCUCCUUACAGCCCACGGUGACCACAAGUCCCCAAGUCAAUGUCAACAUCACCUUCAACAUAGGGAAUGGCUCCACUGGGACACCGUGUGUCAUGCCCACAGACUUCAUACAGGCCGACUGUAAACUGCCCUAUGGAGAGGAAGAGGAGUCGUUUAGCAUACCUCAACAAGAGGAUGGAAAAACAACACUGACGUCUGUACAGGAGAGUGAAAGCUACAGUUUAUGAAAACUUCCUUCUUUCUCCUCAUGCUCAAACUACAUAGAAAACAAUCUGACAAUGGAAGCACUUACAGGUUUAUGGCAUGCUUCAACAAGCACAAGAGGCUUACCUUUAGUCUGUUUCAUUUCUCAGUUAUCACCUGACAGUUUGUGUACAAAAUGUAAAAAUUAUUGUAAAUAAAGGUGUAAAUAUUGUGUUUUCUUCAGUGAUGUAGAUACAGCACCAAGUCUUACUUUGCAAUAUUAAAUUUAACCUAUAUCAUAAUGCAGUAACACUUUAUUUUAGAGGGCCAUAAUAACCUAGUAAUUUUAUAGUGAUAAGUUUAAUUAUCUAGUAAUGUCUUAAGGAUUAAAUUGUAAUAAGCGGACAUUUUACCAAGUAAUACCUAGGGAAUAUGGUAAUAAAAAGGAAGUAUUUCCUUACACCUAACCCUGAACCCUAUCCUAACCGCCUAACCCUUACUCUAACCCCUAACCCUAAGCUUUGUUUAAUUGUGGCAAUCCUCUGAUAAUUGGGGGGUAUUUUGCCCCUAAACCUCCCCUACCCUAACACCCUAGCCCUACAAAUUACUUGAAAAUUAUCCAGGAAGGACACACUUUAAUUUAGUGCUCAAAACAAAGAAAUAACCGGGGAAUUGUCAAGAUCUUUUUCUAGAAAAUUAUCAGCUUAUUUAUUAGAAAUAACUUACCACCUAAUUAUCAGAGAAUUUCCACAAUAACACAAGAGUGGGGGUCAGGGUUAGAAGGUUAGGGUAAAAAAACACCUAAUUACCAGAGAAUUAUCACAAAAAAAAAACAACAACAAAGAAUUUCUUAACCAAUACAUUUAUACUGGAUGAAUACUUCCUUCAUUUUGCAGUCAUUGGUAGGUAAAAGACCUACUUGUAACAAGGUAAUUACCACCUCAUUAUUGAGAAAUUACAAGACAACUAAAAAUGUUACUAUAAAAUUAUUAGGCAAUUAGGGCUGCAAACUGCUGACAGUUAAUACAUAACAAAAUACAUAACUCUGUUUGCACAGUAUGUAGAUGGUGGAAGAGUUAUACUCUUUAACUGAUCUCAAAUGCAAAGAAUGCUCUACUGAUGUUCUGCAUUUAUAAUCUAAUAUAACAGUGCACAUGUGUAUGGAGUAUCUAUAUCAUCAAAAGUAAAAGACCAUUGUAGACAUAUCUGUAGGCAUACUUUUAUCAGUUAGUCCUCUCUGGUUUGACUUGAAUUUAACUUUUUAUUUGAAUGUAACUUUUCUAAAUAAAAUUUAAAUUGAUACUGUCUUUGAGAUCUUUAAACCAUGUUUUGUCUUUUGAACCUUUAUCACCUAAACCUUACAUUCCCUUAAGAUUUGAUGGCCUGUCAGUUUUAUUUUGCUGCCUUUGUGAAGCACCUGAUAACUUGGAAUUUAAAAAGUGCUUUAUUUUUCUAAGACCCUGCGUGUUCUUAUGAGGACGUUUUGGCUUUCCUACACCUUAGUGAUAAUUCCUGCCAUUAGAAUUUGUGUCCAGAAUGUCAACUGGAGUUUAAGUAAUUUGUUUUAAAUGUUGAGAGAACUUGCUAUUUGCAUCUUUCAGGGAAAUUUCUUGGAAAUUUUCAUGUGUUUCGUGUGUUUGGAAAUUUGGGGCAUUUUCAUGGAUGUUUGGGACUUUCAUUUUUAAAUUUUAUAGAGUUUGAUUGAUA